AUGGACAACUCACAGGAUGUCAGAAUGUACCUAGGCAGAAAUAAUGAUCUGCAUGGUGAGGUUACUGGUGACAAAAGCGAUGGACCAAUCAUCAAUCCCACCUUGCUUGCCAUCUCUCAAAUAAUGUGCAUCCCAUGUGCCACCCCAUACAAUUUCCACACACCACUGCAAUCCUUAAGCACCGAGAGUAUGAUGUUUAGCACUGAGAAUGCGACACUUAGCACUGAGGGUACUGUAGUUAGUGCUGAGAAUACCACCACCAGCUCUGAUGAGUCUCUUACCUUUCCUCCUGCUCAUGCCCAGGCAAAGAAGCAUGCCAUCAAUGACCUGGAAUAUAUCAUGUCAUUUUCCUCAUCCUCAAAUUCCAUCAUGUCCUCCUCACCUCUCCAAUCAACCUUCAAACUUCUGCUUCCAAGACCCACCUUGAAUUGA